AUGAACCUGACAGAGUUUAACCAGUCUGAUCGCUGUGAGCAUUUCUCCUGUCCAGAGAGAUCUGUAUCUCCUGCAGUUUAUAUCUUACUGUAUGUGUGUUCAGCUGCUGUGGUUCUGCUAACAGUGUGUGGAAAUCUGCUCGUCAUCAUCUCAGUUUUUCACUUCAAGCAGCUUCACACACCGACUAACAUGUUUGUGCUCUCUCUGGCUGUGUCAGAUUUUCUUGUUGGUAUUUUUGCAAUGCCCCUCAUGUUAAUCUGGACUAUUGAGUCAUGCUGGAUUUUUGGGAGAGUUUUAUGCACCAUCUACUGGCUGAUUAGUGGUUUCCUUACAAUAUCAAACUAUACUAUUGCUCAGAUUUCUGUGGAUCGGUAUUUUGCUCUCUCAAAUCCCUUUCUUUACAUGAAAAUUGUCUCUGUGAAAAUUAUUCGUGUUGUAAUUGUCAUUAACUGGUGUGUAGGGCUUGGCUAUGCUCUAGUAACCUUAUAUUUUAAUGGAAAAUUUGAAAGUUUAGUAAUGUGUCCUGGAGAAUGUUUUCUCCCUCUGACUGAUAAUUGGUUUUUAAUUGACCUCAUAUAUUCAUUUAUAUUUCCAUGUUCAUUCGUAAUCAUAUUGUAUACUCUGGUUUUUGUAAUUGCCAAGAAACAUGCCACUGCUAUCAGAGAGCUUAAUAAUUACACACGAUCUAAAACACAGAAAAUCACCCCACACUCAAUGAAAUCUGAGAGAAAAGCAGCUAAAGUCCUCAGCAUUUUAGUGUCUGUGUUUCUUUUGUGUUUACUUCCGUAUUUUAUUUACAGUUUAUUAGAUAAUGUUAUUGUACUACAGACAGAAACCUUUCAAAGAGUUUUAAUUGUGUUUUCUCUUAAUUCCACCAUUAAUCCAUUUCUUUAUGCUAUGUUUUACCCAUGGUUUAGGAGGUGCAUUAAAUUAAUUAUAACUCUGAAAAUAUUUCAAACAGACUCUGCAUUAAUCAAUGUUCUUUCAUGA